AUGUCUCAGAAGCACUCGUCCCAAAUGCUGCUGCGCGGGACAACUGACACGUCGCAGCCGUGUGCUUGCGUACUUGCUUGCUCAUCAUCGCCUCCUUCAUCUCGCAUGCUGCAGUGCCGUGCAAGUUCUACUCUGGUCUCUCGAAAGAGAAAGAGAAAGGACACGGGCAAGGGAAGGGUAAGCUCGGCCAGCACGACAGACCAGGAUGCUCCCAUUCUAGUCUACAGUGGUAACCAGGAUCAGGCGGCUAGUCAACGUCAGAGUCUGCAGUCAUUCACGCGCGCGGUUCCCCUUCCCCCUCCAGACUCCAGUGCACCACAAUGA